CUCCUCUCCUCUCCAGUCAAAAUCAGACCUUAAAAAAGAAGAAGAUGAUAUCCAAUCACGACGGUACAGUGUAUUGACUUUAUAUCAAACUCUUGCCAUGUCCCCUUCUUCUUUUUCCUCUUCCUCUCUCAGCUUCCAAGGAUCCUCCCUAUUCCUGUUCUACCUCCCAAUUCAGCUGACAGAUCCAAAAUCCACGAUCAGAUCUGUGUCAACCACCACCGCCACCACCAGCUCCGCCGAUGGAUCUCCAACCCGAAGAGCUCCAGUUCCUGAGCACAGCUGACAUCUUGAAGGAAUCAACCUCAAUCCCUAAACGCUCCCCCAAAACUUUCUACCUCAUAACCCUAACCCUAGUUUUCCCCCUCUCCUUCGCAAUCCUCGCCCACGCUCUCUUCACUCACCCCCUCCUCUCCCAAAUCAGCACUCCCUCCGACCAACACGCCUCCCAAUGGACCAAACUCCUCCUCUUCCAGUUCUGCUACCUCAUCUUCCUCUUCGCCUUCUCCCUUCUCUCCACUGCCGCCGUCGUCUUCACUGUCGCCUCGCUCUACACCUCCAAGCCCGUCUCCUUCGCCUCCACGCUCUCCGCCAUUCCCAGCGUCUUUAAGCGCCUCUUCAUCACCUACCUCUGGGUCUCUCUCACCAUGAUUGUCUAUAACGUCGUCUUUGUUGCUUUUCUCGUCCUGCUCCUCGUAGCCGUCGAUACGCAGAACCCGGUUUUGUUCUUCUUCGCCAUGAUUGUGAUUUUCCUUCUCUAUCUCGUCGUUCACGUGUACAUCACCGCAUUGUGGCACUUGGCUAGCGUGGUCUCCGUGCUCGAACCGCUUUUCGGGUUUGCAGCAAUGAAGAAGAGCUAUGAGUUGUUGAAGGGACGGACCCGCAUGGCUGCGGUGCUUGUUUUUGGGUAUUUGGCAAUUUGCGGGACGAUUAACGGGAUCUUUGGAGCUGUGGUGGUUCAUGGAGGGGACAAUUAUGGAUUGUUUACGAGGAUUGUGGUUGGUGGGUUCUUGGUUGGGACAUUGGUGAUUGUGAAUUUGGUGGGUUUGCUGGUGCAAAGUGUGUUUUACUAUGUUUGCAAGAGUUAUCACCACCAAGGGAUCGACAAGAGUGCUCUGUAUGACCAUCUCGGGGGCUAUCUUGGGGAAUACGUGCCUCUCAAAAGCAGCAUUCAGUUGGAAAACAUGGAUGUCUAAGACAAUAUUAGACAUUGGUUUAAUAUGUACUGGUUAAAGUGAUGUGUAAAGAGUGAGACACUUAAUUGGCUGGGGUGAGUAUUCUAUUUCUUGUGUACUCACGUUUGUUUGUCAAAAUUAAGUCUUGGCGCAGCCAUUAUUUUUCGUUGUUCGAUUAUGCUCAACUGUAGCUUCUUGUAUGAUCUGUGCUGGAAAUGCAUUGUUUGAGGAACAGACUUUUGAAAAACUAUAGACAGAAGAAAUUCAUUUUUCUUAA